AUGAACGCUGACGCCAAGAAGAAAGUAGACGUAUUAUCUGAAGAACUGCUCCCUUACAUCAUAGCAGAACAGGAAAGAAGAACGACUCUGUAUAAGAGAGUGAUGACUGCCAUUCAGAAUGGAGAAAAAGGGGUCACUAUAGCAGAAAUCAGAAAUAAACCGCCAGCUAUUAUUAGAAAAGGUAUAAUGUACCGUUGUCCCACCAACCGAGCACCAAAGGAGCCUGACGGUUCAGGAGUAAUCAUGUGCGAAGAUGGAAUAGAACCCAGCAGCAUAAUGUACGACUCGUGCUUAUCUGCAGAGGAUAAAGAGCUCUACGUGGCUGAGAAUAAAUACUUCUUUUGUAAUCGGCACAAGGUUGAAGGUCCAGAUCUACCCAGAAAUGGCACCACUGUGAUCGGCUGCGCCCCCUGCGAGAGGACUUCUCUGAACUACACCAGCUCAAAAUGCGCUUUAGAAGACACUGACGAUGUAGUGGUCCACUAUCGAUACUAUCCUGAUAGGACCUAUAAAUUCGUGACAGAAUUAGACCCGGACAGAGAAGUAUGCGAGCACUGGAACCCAUGUCAGAUUGGGUACAUUUUCAGUCUACCUUCACCAGACCAGGCGACACCAGCCAGCGAACUUUGGCAGGACACAAUAAAAGAAUUCGUCAAACCACCACUCUUUGAAAACAGCAAGGUGACAAUUAAAAUCCCACCAGGAAUGCAAUAUAGUGGUGUUGGGAAGUAUUUACCGAUACCUGGUGGUGGUCCCCGGCGCAAGAAUAUAGAAGUAACUUACAAAGAACGUGAUGAUACAAUUCAAAUCAGUCUAAAAUUCAUGCCUAUGGAACCUCCCGACAUUGGACUGUACUUCGCUCGUUUUGACAACAUCAGUGAUCCAAAGCAAAUGCCAAAGUUAAUAGAAUUGGUGGACUUUACUGAAGCCAUCACCGACUUAACACCAGUGGAAAUUAUAGCGCUGCCGGGCGAGAAACUGAACCAAACUCAAAUCAACAUGACCUGUGACCAUUGCCACUGCAAAGUUAUCAUGUUGAGAGCUGAUGACGGCUCCAUAAAGAAUUUGGAGACUUCUAAAUUCAGAAUACACAGAAUAACAGACACGCACGCCAAUCUCGACAUUGAUAUUGACCAAGUAACGUUUCAAGACUACGGAGAGUAUUUCGCCCACAUCACCUUGGCUGAUGGAACUGAAGAGCGCCUUAAAGCUCUGAUCAUAAAACUGUUGCAAGUCACUACGUUAAGGAAGUCAGCCACAGUCGGGCAACCUCUGCACGAAGAGGUCGAAUGCAAAUGUACGGACUGUGAAGUGACAGCCCUCGUGUGUAACGGAGACAGUAUGCUGGAUUCUCACUUCAUCACCGUCAUGAAGCGAACAUCUCUUAUAUUUAGUUUCGACAUCCAAAGUUUUGAAGAUUUAAACUCAUGCGUUUAUAUGGUCACGUUCAAGAAAGGUGAUACAAGCUACUACAAUAUAAUAGCAGUCCUCGAAAAGGUGACCAUUAAAGAUGUCAGAGUCAUUCCACCUCCGAACGAAGGGGAUCAGUUUGAAACUGAAAUUUCUUACGAAUGCGGCGGAGAGUGUUCAGUUGACAAGGUGAUGUUAAAUGGUGUACCCUUAUUAUCAAAUACUAGACGAACUGAAGUGGGCGCAAUUCCCUUCUAUGUUUUGGGUGAUCAUAAAAUCGUUUACCGCAUAACAAAGUUCAUGCAAAUGUUGGUGGGAGUACAACAGGGCGUGUUUCUAGUCGACGGAGAACCGGUUACCAAAACAUUAUUGGAAAUUAGGAAACCUCUAAAAACAAAUUAUACUUACCUAACACAGGAAACGGUAACAACAGAAGGAGAAGAGAAGAUAACAGAAUCAUCAUCAACAGAAUCAUCACCAACAGAAUCAGCACCAACAGAAUCAGUACCAACAGAAUCAACAUCAACGGAUCCAGCAGAAUAA